AGUGUGCUGACUGUUUAGCUAAGCUUGGUAGUAAGUUGGAAGAGGAGAAAUAGUUUGAUUCGGUUAAUAUUCCUCAUAUAUUAAAAGGUUUGGUUAACCUGGAUAAGAUAGGUUUGCCGUAUAUUUGAUCUAAAUGACUUGUUUUACAUCUGUUUUUUUGUUUGAGCGUCUGGUGGCCGGUGCUUGGCUUUCUGCAUGGGCUGUUCUUUUUUUGGUUCUCUGCUGUUGUUGUUCUUCUGGGUGGGGUUUUUCUGUUAUUGAGGUCUGGGUGUAUCAUUUUAUUUUUAUUAGGUUCCAGGUGAUUUAUCAUAUGGAGUUUGGUGAUCAGCUUCAGUCUUGUUUUUGGACGGGAUGCUUGCUGCUUUGCAAUAUUCCUAUGUAUCUUUGGUGGUAUAAAAGAAGGUUUGUGGGGACUUUAACUGCUAUCUUCCUUGAUGAGGCUUUUGGUAUACUUCAUGUAUUCUCGGGUAUGUGCUGUAGUAUUUACUCUUUAGGCUGGAAUAUUCUGGGUGUGAAUUUUGGUGAGAAUUUUAGUUUCCGUUAUCAAGUUAAGAUUCACACUUCUAAUAGUUUAGUCUAUUUUUGGUUUAAUGUUUAUUUUAAGAGAGUUUUUUACAGGGAGAAUUCUGAUUAUAAAAGCUUCAAGGUGCGCAAUUUUUCCUCUAUUUUGCUAGUUUAUAUGCUGUCCUUUUUUGCUCUUAGUUUUUGUAGGAAGUUUGUGCUGAACGGGAACUAUUUGAGCUUCCUUUUUUGGGUGCUGUUUACUCACAGCCCUAGUUCUAAUUCUGAUAUAUUUUGUAAUUUUAGAAAAAGGAACCACUGGCUCGAUCGUAGGUUUUAUUUCUUUUUAUCUUGUAGCUCUUUCGAGCAUUAGUGAGCUGAAGGUUCCUUCUAAGGACCUUGUAACCGCUUUUUUGAAAAUUAACGUGUA